CGCGUCGGAUGCCAUACAUGGCCUUGGAGUGCCAGCGAAGGGGGUUUGUGGUUUGUGGGGCGCGACUUCUGGCGACGGAAGUUGUCGCGUUGCUCUUACCUCGGGGAGGUUCAGCUCUGAUGACUGAAAACCUGAAAGUGAAUCAGUUUAGUGGGGAGUGGGAGCCACGCAGAUUAGGUGAAGAACGAAUUUCAGCAGGUGGCACGCAGCUCGCCACCUCCGAAAAUGAUCACGGAAUAGUUUGGGUCAGCUGCAACCCCUCUGCCAUGGGCAGGGACAGCUCCAGCCCGUUUUACUCCCUGGAGCCUCCUGGUGUUUUUUGUUUUAUGCUCACAAAAAUGUCCACUGUUCUCUUCGAGGGACACCUGGUAAUAUCUCCUUUUGAGGGGUGGGCUCAAGGCUAAGCCUGGCUAUGCUCUCCUGUUCCACCCAGGGUGAGGUUGAUCUCUGGGGGAGGGGAGUGAAGGAAAAGAAACAGAACAGAAACCAACUCUGACUUCGAGGGGUGUUCUUUGGCACCAGCUGCUAAGCAGCCCAUUCACAAAACUGAAACACACUUAGAUUCUCUUUCAUGAAUGACCGGUCUCUUGACACUGCUGAGUGUUUUUGAGGAAGAAAGGGAAAACCACGAUAGUCUGGAAAAUGAAGAUGGUUGAAGAUCCGAAGAGAAAACUGCUCAUGGUUCUUGCUCUCCUCUUGCUGCCCAGCUCAGCACAAACAGGGAAUACAGACAGACUCUCAGAGCAUCACUGCACAGACUUCCAGAGAGCCAAUUUCCUACGGGGCAGGAAACUUAAGGUCCAGUUUAUUCUGUUCACUUCCUCAAGCCCCAGAUGUGGAGAGCUGAUUUCAGAUGAUGAUAGCAUCAAGAACUGCAGCUUCAACAGCAGUCUGGAAACCAAAAUCAUCAUCCAUGGCUUCAGGGCUUUGGGUACCAAACCUUCCUGGAUCGAAGGGCUUGUCCAAGCCAUACUGCACACCAGCCAGGUGAAUGUGAUUGCAGUAGACUGGGUUUAUGGGUCUACAGGAGCCUAUCCCUCUGCAGUGGAAAAUGUCACACAGCUGGCCCUCACCAUCUCACAGUUCAUCAGAAAGCUCCUGGCCCUGGGAGUCUCAGGGACAUCUAUCCACAUCAUUGGGGUAAGCCUCGGAGCACAUGUCGGGGGCCUGGUGGGGCACUUCCAUGGCGGUCACCUGGGACGGAUAACAGCCCUGGAUCCUGCAGGCCCUAAGUACACCAGAGCCAGCCCCGAGGAACGCCUGGAUCCUGGGGAUGCCCUCUUCGUGGAAGCCAUUCAUACUGAUGCUGACAAUUUCGGGAUCCGGAUUCCUGUAGGCCACAUUGAUUAUUUUGUCAAUGGAGGCAAAGAUCAGCCAGGAUGCCCCCGAUUCAUUUCUGCAGGCUAUAACUUUCUAAUCUGUGAUCACAUGAGGGCUGUACAUCUCUACAUCAGUGCCUUGAGCCAUCCCUGUCCCAUCGUGGGGUUCCCCUGUGCAAGUCAUCAAGAUUUUCUAAAUGGUCAUUGCCUGGACUGUGCAAAGCCCUUCCUGUCCUCCUGUCCCAGAAUAGGCCUGCUGGAGCAGGCAGGUGUCAACAUGAGCAGGUUGCCCCAGGAAGUGAAAGUUUUUUUAAUGACCAGUCCUUCAGCCCCAUUCUGUGUAUACCACAGCCUGGUUGAGUUCCAGUUGCAGAAGAAAAGAAACAGAGUCACCAGCAUUGAGAUCAGUUUCAUCAGCAACAGCACCAAGGACACAGCGAAGAUCACCAUACCUAAGGACCAGGAGACAGGCAAACGGCUGCUGGCCCACCAAGUUCCCCUCUGCCAGAUAAACAGUGUGACCCUGAAGUAUAUCCCCAAGAAUUUUUUUUGGAGCAAGGAUGAGCCAUCCAUUGUUGGCAAGUUCUGUUUAGCACCACUGCCUCUCAAUAGCAGCAGGACAAUGUCAUGUCUGCCCUGGAGCCUCACCCUCCCCAGCAAAACAGACAUCUCCUAUGAGUUGCCUCCUGCCUGUGCCUAGCCCUGCCUUCAGGGUACACAGAACCAGAAAGGAGUCCUAAACCUAUUGCUGCUCUCUGCUCUCAGAUGAUACUUUCACCAUAAAACUGGAUGGGUUUUGUUACUCCCUGCAUAAGGGGCAAGAUGUCAAGGAACUGAAGUGCAUGGCAGAUUGACAAAUACAAGGUUAACUGGUUACAGCAAAAUCUUCCAGUUAAGACUGGAUUGACACUUUUGUCUCACAAGUUCUGUACCCAGCUCUCAAAGUGAGACAAGAAAGUAAUUUAAUCUCAAGGUUUGAAUCUGUAUGAAAGUAGGAUUGGAUAAUAUCACUCAUUUUAUGGUGGGAGUAUUAAUAUAAUUCAUUAGUGUUUUAUAUUAAACUGUCCUGAAAUCUUCA